AUGCUGUAUAUCUCGGUCGUUUUAAAUAUCAUUAAUUUCAAUAGGAAAUAUUGAUGAAUGCUUAAUUGCGGUAUGAGAUAUAAAAUCAGGAAAAAUAUUUGCUACUUCUAUAUUAGAAAAUUAUGCAAAUCAGAUUAUUUGGAUUUCACAGGACUCAACAUUAGAGCUUGUGACACUAUCGAAUCAUGAUAUGAUAUUUUUGAGACUAAACCAAUAUAA